GCGUAUCCGCAGGAAAGAUGGAUGUUGACAACGAUAUUGAAGAGGGGGAAUUCCUUCACACUUUUCUAAAAAGUGAUGAUAAUGAAAAUCAUCAGAUUACCGAAGAACACCAUUUUGAUGAGGAAAUGCCUACACCCCCAACUUUAAUACCUUCGUUUGUGACAGGACAAGAUCCUUCUGAUUUAACAGAAAGUUCAACCAAAUCAACAACAACAACAACUACGACCACAAAAACUACAAAAAAGACAACAACAACCACAACAACUACCGAAGCCUCAACUGAAACAACAACAAUAGAUCGAGAAAAACAAAUGUUAAAAUCGGCAGAACGUUCAUCUUUACUAAAUAGAAAGCCAACCAGAAAAAGAGUUGCAGGAGAAUGCAACGAUUUACACGAUCUCUGUAAAUUUUGGACAUCAAUUGGUGAAUGUAAAAAUAACAAAGAUUGGAUGCGGGAUCAUUGUCCUGUUAGUUGUGAUGUUUGUACUAAUGGAUCAUCAGUCUGUGUCGAUCGUCAUCGUCUCUGUGAUUUUUGGGCAUCUAUGAAAGAAUGUGAAACAAAUGCUGUUUGGAUGCUUGUAAAUUGUCCUCGUUCUUGUAAGCUAUGUAAAGGAGCUUCUGCAAAACGAGCGGAAUUGGGAAUAUUUGAAGAAUCUGACUGUACUUUUGUUUCAACACAUGAAGAUACCACAAUUCGUCGAACAAUUUCCACAUCAGAUGUCCGUGUAAGCAACAAUGCUUUUGGUUGUUCUCCUGCAUUAACGAGACCAAAUUGUAACAAAAAUCUCUGCUAUCAUUUAAAAUUCCGAACUCUAGAUGGAACUUGCAACAAUUUGGAAAAGCCUUUGUUUGGUGCGGCAUUUAUGCCUUUGGCUCGGCUAAAAGAACCUGUUUACGAUGACAAGAUGGCAGCUCCUGUUGGUAUAUUAUUUUUAAAUUUUAUUGGGGCAAUACACUGUCCUACAAAAUAA